CGACACUUUCCGCUCCCCAGUGAUGAUCCAACGAUGCUUGCACGCGGGUUCAGGCAUUUCUGACGCUGACAUGCUCUGCCGCGACUAAUAACUAGCGCGCUCAACGUAUCGCCGGCCCGACAGCAAAGAUCACGGCGCUCCACAUAUGACGUUGGAUACCGCCAGACAGCAUGACGUAGCGUUCUUCAACUCUGCUCUUGCACCAUAAAGUCGUCAACUUGAGCACGGAAAUCUAUCACUCCCGCUUCCACUCUUACCUCCAGCUUCCUUACCUCCCUACCACCCCAGCCCCUACAAUGGUCGACUCUGAACGCUUCAACGAAGGACAGGAGAACGCGCACGACGUCUCGGACAAGAACGACCAGCGCUCGAUCGCGAACCGCAUCGCGGCGGCUGAGGCCGAGCAGGCCGAGCGCGACAAGGACACGCCCGAAGUCGCCGCGCUCAAGGAGGACCCGACGGCGCCUGCGCGCAUGCACGGCAACGAGCCGAGCCGGGGCGCCAAGAUCGAUGCGCAGCUGCAGGCUGAGGAGGAGGCUGAGCUCGCGCGCAAGGGCAAGGCGUAGUGGACUAGACAUGUAUAUUAGAAGAUAUGGCGGGCGUGGCUGCGGCAGUCGGGACGUCGCAGGCGACGCGUCGGGUGCGUCGUCGGCGAGAGCCAACCGUGACACAUGCAUGGAGCUGAGGCCGUGAUCUCCC